AUGCCACAAGAUAUGUCUGCUCACGCACGUAUCCCAGCUCCUACUGUUUCCUCCGGAGCUUCGCCACCCGCUGGGGUAGACAAUCCAUCGUCGAAUCCGUCGCGAGCCGCGGCACCCGCUGGGGCAGAGAAUCCGCUGUUGGAUCCGUCGCGAGCCCCGACACCUGGCCAAUCGACUCAUUCGGAAGCGUCGGUUUUCAACACCUCGCCUUCUCCGGCAUCCCCCCGAGGCAUGUUUAUUGCCCUAGUUGAAGAGAUGAAGGCAUCACCGAGCCGGGCAUGGAAGCUCUACCGCAAGAGCGUAAACGCUUUCCAAAGCUAA